CGGCAACGCUGUCAGCGCCCUUUCCGGUUGGUGGUACCUGUAAACAGCAACCAUGUCGCUGGUCAUCUCGCCAGAGUUUCAGCACAUCCUGCGUAUUAUGAACGCAAAUAUUGAUGGCAGCACCAAGAUUAUGUAUGCGUUGACCGCCGUCAAGGGUGUUGGCCGUCGCUACGCCAACAUCAUCAUCAAGAAGGCCGACAUUGACCUGAACAAGAGGGCCGGUGAGCUGUCUGAUGAGGAGGUGGAGAAGCUGGUGACGAUCAUGUCGAACCCGCGCCAGUACAAGGUGCCCGACUGGUUCCUCAACAGGCAGAAGGACCACACGGACGGCAAGUUCAGCCAGCUGCUGUCCACCACGCUCGACUCGAAGCUGCGUGACGACCUGGAGCGGCUGAAGAAGAUCCACGCGCACCGCGGCCUGCGUCACCACUACGGCCUGCGCGUGCGCGGCCAGCACACCAAGACGACCGGCCGGCGCGGACGCACUGUCGGUGUCAGCAAGAAGAAGUAGGCGGGGACAAUACACGACCGAGAGCGGG